AUGUGCUCAAGGCCAAGUAUCAGAGGAGAUGCAGUGGUAAAACACACUGCAGCUGUCAACAGAAGUUCAUCAUUCAACUGUAACAACCCCCGUACACAGAAAGUACAUCAGAGCAAGUCGGGGAUGACAGACACCUGUGUGCAUGCCACCCGUCCACGCCUCUCUGCCCACAGCCGACAUGAGGCUCCAGCAUCCUGCCCAGCAGAGCAGGCAGGCAGCCGCCACUGUGCUUCCCAUGGUGACAUCACACAGGAGUGCAAACUGCAGGACAUCCCAGCUCAAAAGUUCAGGAGAGAGAUCAAAUGGAACCAGAGUACUUAA